ACCUUGCCGUAUAAAUGGAGCACGACGAAGAUUUGCGCAGAUUCAGCAAGCUAGUGUCGCAAGAUGAGGCCUGCGUUAAUCACUUUGGCAUCUGUGGCUCUGCUGCAGUUUUGUGCAGCUGCCCCGGCGGAUGAGCCUGAGGUUAGCAAAGUAAUGCCUGGCGGCUUAGGCUGCUUCACUGACGCUAAGAAAUCGGAGGACAAAAUAUUUCAACGCGACACUAAAUGGGAAGCUGACGAUCUCACAGUAGAGAAAUGCCUCGCCUACUGCCAGGCUCUAAAGAUGGACCUAGCAGGGCUUCACGACGAGGACGAGUGCUGGUGUGGUAUGAAGUCAGAGAAGAUGGCCACCGUUCUGCAAGGAAGUGACAGAUGCAGGGCCAAGUGCGAGGGCAACGGCGAACAGAUAUGUGGCGGUGAAAGCAAGAGGGUGUUCUCUGUUUACGAUGUCGCGGUGAGCGCAUUUAACGCAAAAAUUCCAACCAUCACCUGUGCCGACAUCAGCAGCUUCGGAUUCACGGGGAAGACCAGCGUCAACCAGGAGAUGAAGGGCUUCUUCUUCCAGGGAGACAGUGUUAAGUACUACUGCUCCGAUGGAACCACCAGGGUUGGGGUUUACAAAGCCAAGUGUAAACUCGGCGAGGACGGCAAUGUGGCCUGGAGUGCACCAGCUCCAAAGUGUGAAGACAUCAGCGGAUACGUGGGUUGUUUCGUCGAGGAAGAUGUCGCCGCGUCCUUGAAAUCUGACAAAUUAGAAAAGGAAUCCAUGACGGUGGAAUUUUGCCUCAAGUUUUGUGAUCAGAAGGGAUAUGGACUAGCAGGUAAGAAAUCGGAUACACAAUGA